CAAUGCUGCUGCUCAGCCUGACCCUUAGCCUAUUCCUCCUCGGCUCCUCCUGGGGUUGCGGUGUUCCUGCCAUCAAACCGGCGCUGAGCUUCAACCAGAGGAUUGUCAACGGCGAAAACGCAGUGCCAGGCUCCUGGCCCUGGCAGGUGUCCCUACAGGACAGCAGUGGCUUCCACUUCUGUGGUGGUUCGCUCAUCAGCCAGUCCUGGGUGGUCACUGCUGCCCACUGCAAUGUCAGCCCUGGCCGCCACUUUGUCGUCCUGGGCGAGUAUGACCGAUCAUCCAGUGCUGAGCCCGUGCAGGUUCUGUCCAUUUCGCGGGCCAUCACACACCCUAGCUGGAACCCUACCACCAUGAACAAUGAUGUGACGCUACUGAAGCUUGCCUCACCAGCCCAGUACACGACACGCAUCUCACCAGUUUGCCUGGCAUCCUCCAACGAGGCGCUGCCUUCAGGCCUCACAUGUGUCACCACUGGCUGGGGCCGCCUCAGUGGUGUGGGCAACGUGACACCAGCUCGUCUGCAGCAGGUGGCUCUGCCCCUGGUCACUGUGAAUCAAUGCCGGCAGUAUUGGGGCUCACGAAUCACUGACUCCAUGAUCUGCGCAGGUGGCUCAGGUGCCUCCUCAUGCCAGGGUGAUUCCGGAGGCCCUCUUGUCUGCCAGAAGGGAAACACAUGGGUGCUUAUUGGCAUUGUCUCCUGGGGCACCAGCGACUGCAAUGUGCGAGCACCUGCCAUGUACGCUCGGGUCAGCAAGUUCAACACCUGGAUCAACCAGGUCAUGGCCUACAACUGAGCCCACCACAGGUCCUGCUCCCCAUCUCAAUCCAAUAAAGACUCCAGGUUCUGUCCUUUCAUGUAUUCUUGUCUGUGUUCCUGGCUAGGGGAAAGCAGAAGCCCUUGAGGGUCUGACUCCCACUUGGACUUCGUCUUCUGGCAUGGAAGGAACUGAGGAGUCAAGUUCUUCCUAGAGUAGCCAUGCUCAGGCUGGAACCCUCCACCUCUCCUCUUCCAGGGCAACACUUUGGUCCUACAGCAAAGAGUCAGGACAGUCAGAACAAAUGGGCAGCCCUCCCUGAGAAGGGCAGCCUGUUUAAUGAAUACAAAGGAUACAUUUACAAACUGAGUACACAUAAUAAAUAACUGCACAUUCUCCAUCCA